CUAAUUCAUUCGGAUAAAGGGAGUUCUGGCAUUUUAGCUGGUGUCAGUUCGUGAUUUCUAACCGUAAUCACAAACUGAAUCAUAAUUCUAAUUCCUCACGCAGGUUUAUAACCCUCAUUUGGUCCUGAUUAUUAGGUGGACACCCUCUAGGUCAAUCUGGUGUCGCUCAAAGGUCGUCUAUAAAUUACAGUCUCACCACUAUUUCAAGCUCUAAAAUCCCUACAUAACCUUUUUCUCAGUUUUAUGGCGUGUAAUAUCUAAACGGUUUUUAUCCGGAAAAUGUCCUUGAGGUACUUUUUUGAAUUCUUUCGAAUUUACUUGGAGUUAGAAGUGUACACUUCCCAUCAAUCAAAUAUGAAACAACUCAAUUUCGGUAAAGUACGGUGUUCGACUUUGAGUUAUGUUUUAUGAAUUUUGUUAAUUUUCACUACGGUAGGUUUCUGUUAAUAAGCGUCGUAAAUAACAUGGUUUCACUAGUUUCACGGUCGUUUACUUUUUCUAGCUCCACAUUGUUGUAUGAAUUCAUUUCAGUAGACUGUUAGUUUCAAAACAUCUAGUUACAGUAGAUGACCUCAAGAAUUUCAAGUGCCAUCGCAUUUAAGGGUCUGAUCUGGUUGCAUGUUUCAAGAAAAAACAGUGAAAGGCGACCCAAAUAUUGGCGAAUACAAAACUGUUUCGAUAAAAACAGCUGGUACUAAGAUGUUCCCUUUGAAAAUAAUACUGUUAGUGUUUAAUGCAUCACCAUUGGGUCAUAUUUCAUGCAUGUGAUUUGUAUGUCAAAAUUUGACCUAUUGUAAAUAUAAAUGUUUUAAAUUUUGUGGGUGUGCUUUUCUUUAGCGUUGUCUUAUCAGUCAGGAUUAUCAUGAAUUUUUCGGAAAACUAAAAUAAUGGCAGGCAGCAGGUGCAGAAUAAAGCAAAGCAACACAAUAAUGUAGUACUUAUUCAGGAUGAUAAAAGCAACUAAUAUUAUUUCUUUGUAGUCGACUUAAGAGUAAUCAUUUGAGUUUUCUAACUGCUUGCCUUUUCUGCUCCAUGGAUGACAGCCACAAAGUCUAUAAAUGUUCAUACUUCUCAAACGGACGGUUACUUCAUGAGCUUAGCGCGUUCGGUCACGGGCGAUUUACUUUCAAACCAAAAAACAUCGCUCUAUGAAGUAGUUCACAAUCGGACAGUCCCCACAUGGAUCAUAAAAUCAAUGAAAUAGCUGAAAAUAUUAAGCAACGUGGUCGUGAGGGUGCGUAUCCUCUCUUCAAGGAAACGGGUCCGGAAUAUGUGAUGCCGAAAUUUCCAAUUGAGAGGAAAGAGAUGGAAGACCAUAUCUUGGAAUUAAAACUGGCCCGAGCAUUAAGUGUGGCAGACAAUGAUUCUAAACUUCUCGUUAAUGAAGAAAACCAUGAUCUCACCAUUUCGAAUCCUUCAGCUACCUGUAAAGCUAUUAGCUUAGAUGACUGCAGUUCUGUUGAAAGCAUAACAAACGAUCAUGGAUCUGUGUUAUUUAGCAAAAAGAAUAUAUUUAACAAGGAUUCUUCCAACUCUUUAUCCGUACUCCCUGAAACAUCAUCUGAUGAACCAAAUCUUCACUCUAGCCAAUCUGCUACUUCAGACGUGAAUACGUCUUUGGAAUCUGGUAACCGGAUGCAACCUAGGCUUACUCAAAACAAUAUUCAGUUUCAAAAUGAGCAGAACUGUGGAGGUUCUUUAUUCCGAAGAUUAUACAGCAUCCCUAGUACAAAUAACGAUGGAUUCCCAAUUUAUUUAGCACCUGCGCCAAAUCCAGGCGUAUUCACAGAUGUAGUUCCUGUUCUCCAGGAAGUAGAAGAAGCGGCUGAAGCACACAUAGAGUCAGCAGCUGUGGAAUUUCAACGUGUUCAAAUCUGCGGGGAUGAUACUCUUGGUGUUCCUGUAGAUGAUUUACAUUUAGCUUCAGAAGCAUUGAUUAAAGCCUUAUUAUUACGUCAAAAAUACAUUACUUCAUCACAACAAUCAUUUCAUUGUACAACUAAACGGUAUUUAAGUGUACUGGAUUCAGGUUCAGUAAAAUUAUUGGAUUCACAGGAGAAGCAAUAUAAAUCUAUACACACCCCUGUAUUUGAUCAUCCAAUUCAUCCUCCUGGGAAAACUGGUGAUCCUUUCGAGAUAGACUAUUGGCCUGAACCAUUAGAUGUUAAAAUGGAAUUUCGCAAGGGUAUAAUGCACAUCGAAACAUUGUCUGAUUCACCAGAUAGAAAUCAGGUGAAUUUAAUAAAUGGGACAUCAGAACAUAAUCAUAAUAAUGAAACUGUUGAUGUUGAUCAACCUAUGAAAAAAGAUCUGCCAGAAUUUACUAUACCAUCUCUACAGACAUUCUUCUCAGAUUUUGAUACAAUACGUACAUUUGUAGGAGAUGGUCCAUUGAAGUCAUUCUGUUAUCGUCGACUGACUUACUUGGCUUCAAAAUUCCAAUUGCAUUCAUUGCUGAAUGAAGCUCGGGAAUCAAUUGAGCAAAAACGUGUAUCACAUCGUGAUUUCUAUAAUAUUCGAAAGGUUGAUACUCAUAUACAUGCAUCAUCAUGUAUGAAUCAAAAACAUUUACUACGUUUUAUCAAGAAAACAAUUCGUACUAAAUCAGAUGUUUAUGUAUGUGAAGAUCCAAAAACUAAAAAGCCUAUGACAUUAAGUGAAUUGGUUGAUAAAAUUGGAAUUACACUGUAUGAUUUAAAUAUUGACAAUUUGGAUGUUCACGCUGAUCGUAACACUUUUCAUCGAUUCGAUAAAUUCAACGCUAAAUACAAUCCCAUUGGUCAAAGUCAACUACGUGAAGUGUUUUUGAAGACGGACAACUACAUUAAAGGCGUUUUCUUUGCACAUGUUCUGAAGGAAGUGUUCUAUGACUUUUCUGAAUCGAAGUAUCAAAAUGCUGAACCACGUCUUUCAAUUUAUGGUAGAUCUAUCAAUGAAUGGGAUAAUUUGGCUAAAUGGGCUAUCGAUUGUAAAGUUUAUUCUGAUAAUAUACGUUGGUUGAUUCAAGUGCCUCGUCUUUUCGAUGUUUAUCACGCCAAAGGAUCAAUGAAAUACUUCCAAGAUAUUAUCACAAACGUCUUUCAACCAUUGUUCGAGGUAACUGUCAAUCCUAAAUCCCAUCCUGAACUACAUGCAUUUCUACAAUAUGUAACUGGUUUUGAUUCAGUGGAUGAUGAAUCAAAAUCUGAUAAAGUUGUAUUCAAUGCAUCAACUCCUACACCGGAUGUGUAUGAUUUAAAUGAGAAUCCUCCAUACUCAUAUUAUAUUUUUUAUAUGUUUGCUAAUAUAUCUCAAUUAAAUCAACUGAGAAGCCAUCGUGGCUUAAAUACAUUCUCAUUUAGACCUCAUUGUGGUGAAGCAGGUAAUAUUAAUCAUUUGGUUACUUGUUUCCUGUUGGCUGAAAGUAUCAAUCAUGGUUUGUUGUUACGUAAAGCUCCUGUUCUACAAUAUCUUUACUUUAUUGCUCAGAUCGGAAUAGCUAUGUCACCUUUGAGUAAUAAUUCUUUGUUUUUGGAUUAUCAUCGUAAUCCAUUGAAUGACUUUUUAGCACGGGGUCUGUUUGUCAGUCUUAGCACUGAUGACCCUUUACAAUUUCAUUUUACUAAAGAACCAUUGAUUGAAGAAUAUAGUAUAGCUGCUCAAGUAUGGAAAUUCACAUCUACUGAUAUGUGUGAAUUAGCACGUAAUAGUGUUUUGAUGAGUGGUUUUUCUCCUCUGAUUAAAUCUCAUUGGCUUGGACCUAAUUAUACACAAGAAGGUGUUAUGGGUAAUGAUAUAACUCGAAGUAAUCUACCCAACAUUCGCGUUGCUUAUCGUUUUGAAACUUUAACACAAGAAUUACGUUUGUUGUUAAAUUCUGUGUUAGCGAGUCGAACUAGUGGAUCUGUUUCACCUGGUAGUAAUACAGUAAUGCAUUCUCCAAAAAAGAAUCAUAUUUCAACAGAUUCUAGUCGAAUCGAUCAUUUAAAGAAAUGAUUAUUCUUGAUAUAAUAUAUAUACAAUGAUUAUCGAUACUAAUUAGCUGCUAGUAACACUUUUGUCUUCUUUUAAAUGUGAAUUCACUUAUCUUAAUUUGAAUUCUUCUUUCUGAAUAUGUUUGUUCAUGGUUUGUUAUGAAUUAAACAGUUGUAACACAUUCUAACAUUCAUAUAAAUAUCUACACUUCUUACAGAUAAAUAUCAUAACGUGGAAAGUAAUUUUUCAUCCACAUAUUCACAUGAUCUACAUUUUUCUUUCUUUCUGAUGUGCUUAUUUUGAUUUAUUAUUAAUUAAUUAAGAGUCUUAAUAUAAGUACCAUUUCAUGCAAAAUAUUUUAUUAUUAUUAUUUCCGGGAAUAAUUGUAUCUCACUUACACUAUUCAUCAUUUAAUGAUGAUAAUCCACUGUUUAAACUUUCUCUGCGUUUAUCAAUUCUGAUGAAAUGUUGUUAAGACCACAUCUACAAGGAGAAAUUCACUACAUUGUUGAUAAUUUUAAUUGUAUCAUUAAAGAUAAUAAUUUGUGCGCGAAUAUACACACACACAAACGCACAAGUUGAAUGCAUUUACGGUAAAAGUGCAAAUGUUUUAAUACAGUGUUGAUUAAUCUGGUUAAAGAUGUUUAUGUUGCUUUUUAAUUGUGUACGGUAACAAACCUUUAUGUUAUUAUGUAAUAAGAAUGAACUUUGUAAUAUUAUUAAUGUCUGUCAUGUGUUUUUUGUUUGAAAUACACAAUUAUUUGUUCAAUC